AUGGACACCGUCAAGAGAUGGGCGUACAAGAAGGGGUUCAUGCUGAAAAAGGGCUCAACUGGAGAGACGCACCUUCUGUUCAACAAGGGUCGCCUGCAGAUCCUCAGGGACGCAGAAGCAGCCUUCCUGGAGACCUAUGCCAAGUGGAUUGAGGAUGGGCGGGACCUGUUUGUGAUUGAGCAGAGGACCUCCCCAACCUUUCGCAUGUUUGUGGACUUGGACUAUGAGACAAAGAAAGAGGUGUCAAAAGAUGAGCUGAAGACCGUCUGCCAGUGUAUCCAGCGCACGGUGCUUGAGCAGGUUGGAGAACAUGCUGCCAGGUGUGUAGUGAGCUGCGCAGACAAACCAAAGGCCACAAAGGACGGGCUUCUCAAGACCGGAGUGCAUCUGGUGUGGCCAGACAUCCAAGUUGACUCUGAAAACGCCCUCCGGCUGCGCACCUGGGUCCUGGCAGGCCUGCAUGAGACCUUUGGUCAGAAUGACUGGCCCAAGAUGGUGGACAUCUCUGUCUACACCAGGGCCGGCCUGCGCCUCAAUGGCUCAAUCAAGCGGGCUGAGUGCACAUGCAGAGGGCGGGAUGAUGCUUGCAACAGGUGCCAGGGGAAAGGAGAGGUCUUUGACAGGAGAAAGUAUGCCCCGCUGGUGUGCUAUGCCGGACCAAGCGAGAGCCCUGAGCUGCUGGAGCUGUGCAUGUCAUCCAUCAGCGCCCGGGUGAGGUUGACGUCCAUUAGGGUCCCCUUUGGCGAGGAGCGCGAAUCAACCCACAUACCACAAUGCGAAAGCAUGCUCGAGCUUGAGCCUGAGCUUCAGGAGAGGUGUCACCAGGGGAAGGGGUCCCGCCUGGAGGCCGACAACACUCUGAUGGGGCUGCUGACAAGGGAGCUCGGAGAAGCCUUCCCAAGCUGCUUCAAGGAUGGCGAGGAGCUCUCUGACAUUGUUCAGAUGUCCGGCGACGAUGGCAACCCCUACUUCCUGGUUCACACCAAUUCCUGCUUCUGCCACAACCUGGGGCGAUGCCACAACUCCAACCGCGUGUACUUUUACAUUGACUCACAAAGGCUCCUCCAAAAGUGCUUCUGCACGUGCAACACGACCGAGGGCAGGAAGAUGGGCUUGUGCUCUCAGUACAGCAGCGCACCUCAUCCGAAUCACUACCUCCUCUCCUUCAUCCUGCAUGUUGCACUCGUGCUCGGCUUCCUUGUGGCCUUCCGGAAGCUGGCCCCUCACAUCAACAACUCCUUGCAGGCCCGCACCGAAGGCACCAGCCGCGAGGCCAUCAAAGCGACGCAGGCGCGCCCACCGUUAGCCCAGCGAGCAUGCCAUCCGGUUGCAUUUGACAAGGCGGCCGAUGCCAUCCGAAAGUUUGAGCUGUGCGAGAGCAGCUUCUUGGAGGACAAAAGGCACAGGUCAAGGACAUAUCUGAAUGCUGUAGAACAGUCGAGCCGUUGCAUGAAGCAUCUGUACCGAUUGAAACGAGCCAUGCCAAACGAUAUGGCUGCAGAGAACAGGCUGGAUUACUUUGUGGACUACAUUGAAUCUACCAUGACAGACAGCCUCCGUGCAAUGGCGAGGCAGUCAAAGAGAGGAAAGGCACUCCAUCACAUGCCUCCCACCUUCCCACUUGCAUCAAAUGUUCGCCAAUGA